AUGAAGGCCGCACACGCGAACCCCCUUCUUUCUCGGCUUCUUCUCCUUUCCUCGUUUUCCGUUGCCAAUGCGGGCCUAGCCAAACGGGCCCUUGCCGUGCCCACUACGCUCCCGGGCGCAUGGGCAUACAAGGGUUGCUAUACAGACGUUGGCCGGACGAUCGACGCGGCCGCCUAUUUCGACAAUGUGGGAAUGACUGCUGAGUCGUGCAUCGCUUUCUGCUCGACCAAGGGGUUUCAAUAUGCCGGAACCGAGUACGCGCAGGAGUGCUACUGCGGAAGCAGCCUUGCCGCCGGGGCAGCCCAGGCUGCCGAGGCGGACUGCAAUACUGCCUGCGCCGGAGAUGCCACAGAGCCUUGCGGAGGAGGCGGCCGACUCACCCUCUUCUACAGUAGUGUUCCCGUCGGGCCCCAACCCAACCCGGGCGUGAACGGCUUCGUCCACAUUGGCUGCUAUUCCGAGGGCACAACCGGACGCUCGCUCACCUAUGGAGUUGGGACCAUUCCCGGAGCCCAGAUGACCGUUGCCAAGUGCACUGCUGCUUGCCACACUGCCGGCUACAUUCUGGCUGGUGUGGAGUACGGUGGCGAGUGCUACUGCGGCAACACAAUCUCCAAUGGAGGUGCCCGGGCUUCAGAUGGGUGCAACGUGCUUUGCAACGGCAACCAGACUGAAUUCUGCGGUGGCCCCAAUAGGCUGAAUGUCUACGAUUACAAUAUGCAGUUCCCAACAUCAGCGUACGUACUACAAGACCCUACUUCCACGUUGAGUCAGGACGUCAACGAUGUAGGUGGGACAGUUGUCACCGCCACGGCACCCGCCCAGCCUCCUACAGUCGGCGACUACACUUGGUACGGAUGCCGUACCGAAGCCACUGGCAUUCGCGCUCUCAGUGGGGCAACCUUUGCUGCGGAUACCAUGACUCUCGAGGCUUGCAAGGCCUUCUGCGCCAAUUACCAGUAUUUCGGGGUCGAGUACGCUCGGGAAUGUUACUGCGGUAACACCUUCAAUACGGGCUCCGUUGCGGCUCCCGCCUCUGAAUGCAGCAUGACCUGCGCAGGUGAUGCUUCCGAAUUCUGCGGUGCUGGUAACCGGCUGUCGGUCUACUCCAAGCCCGGCGGUCCGCCUCCUACCGACACCGGAACCGGAACGACCGCACCCCCUGGUUCUUCCACCUCUACUCCGCAGCCAACCGGAUUGCCUGCUGGCUGGUCGGCGCAGGGCUGCUGGAUCGAUGGCGCCAACGGCCGCAUCUUGUCCUUCCAGGCUCCCGACAGCCAGACCCUCACUCCCCAGUCUUGCGCCAAGCUUUGCAGCGACAAUGGUUACACCAUCUCCGGCACUGAGUGGGCCCAGCAAUGCUUCUGCGGCAAGAGUAUCCUCAAUGGCGGCGCCAAAACGGCUGCGUCCGAAUGCAACACUCCCUGCACCGGUGACCAGACCCAGACGUGUGGUGCUGGCGGCAGGAUGAACAUCAUCUCCAAAGGCACUCCUACCGUUGAUUCCCCGCCAGCUGCCCAGACCGGUGGUCUCGGGUCCUGGGCCUACAAGGGAUGUGUUGAGGACAACAUUAACGACAAGCGGACCUUCUUCUGGCAGCUCUUCUUCCCAGGUGUCAUGACGGCCAAGAUGUGCCUGGAUCGAUGCGCCAAGUACGGCUAUAUGGCUGCUGGUCUCGAAUACGGCGAGGAGUGCUACUGCGGCGACCCGGCCAACAUCGCGACAAGUGGCGCCGCGUACCGUCCCGACAUUGAGUGCAAUGUCGUGUGCGCCGGUAACGCGUCUGCUUACUGCGGUGGUGGUAGCCGCCUCUCGACCUACUUCUGGACCGGCAAGCCCUUCUACUCUUGGACUUUCCCGCAAGACUACCGGGCUGGCCAAUAUCAGUUCCUGCUCGGCGGUGUCACCGUUCCUCUCCUGACCCAGGAGACAAUCACCGGCAAGGUUAGCUUCCUUUCCAAGUGGGGAACCGGCAAGGCGAACGAGACUGGCGCCUACGAACUCGACCUCACCAAGGUCCCCAACGUCCAACAGGCAUGGCGCGCACUCCAUGUCAAGACGGACAUCUUUUGCUCCGCUGGUAUCACCCUCCCCGACAAGGGCGGUCGUCACCUCAACGUGGGUGGCUGGUCUGGCGACUCCACCGAGGGCGUUCGUCUGUACUGGCCCGACGGUAACCACGACUGGGAGGAGAAUGUCAACGUGCUGUCGCUACAGAAAGGCCGUUGGUAUCCCAGCGCCAUGAUCAUGUCCAACGGUUCCGUCAUGGUCAUUGGCGGCGAGAUUGGCUCGAACAGUGCUGCCGUUCCGUCUAUCGAGGUCCUGCCCUACACCGGUGGGGCCCCCGUCUACAUGGAUUGGCUCGACCGUACCGACCCCAACAACCUGUACCCCUUCGUCACUGUCCUUCCCAAGACCGGUGGCAUCUUUGUUGCCUACUGGAACGAGGCCAGGAUCCUGAACCCGGCCACUUUCGCCACUGUCAAGACUCUUCCCAACAGUCCGGCCGCCGUCAACGACGACCUGGGUGGCAGAACCUACCCGCUCGAGGGCACAGCCGUACUUCUGCCCCAGAAGUCCCCUUACACUGAUGAUCUGGGUAUCUUGAUCUGCGGCGGUUCGACCAACGGUCCGUCAAAUGCCCUGGACAACUGCGUGUCCAUCUACCCUGAGGCUACCAACCCGACCUGGACGCUCGAGCGUAUGCCCUCUUUCCGCGUCAUGCCUUGCAUUGCUCCUCUGCCCGAUGGCACCUAUCUGAUCGCCAAUGGCGCCCAUCAUGGUGUCGCUGGUUUCGGCCUUGCCAAUAGCCCCAACCUGAAUGCCCUGCUCUACGACCCCAGCAAGGAGAUUGGCUCGCGUAUCACCGUCAUGGCCAACACGACUAUCGCUCGCCUGUACCACAGCGAAGCCAUCACUCUCCUCGACGGCCGCGUUCUCAUCAGCGGCUCCGACCCAGAGGAUGACGUCAACCCGCAGGAGUACCGUGUCGAGGUCUUCAUUCCUCCGUACCUCCUCAACGGCAAGCCCCGACCGACCUUCACCGUGGCUAACAAGGACUGGGCCCAUGAUACUACAAUCACUGUCAAUGUCAAUGCUGUCGGCAACGGCGCUAUCACGGCCACUCUCCUCGGCGCCGUCUCGAGCACGCACGGCAACUCGAUGGGCGGCCGCACCCUUAUGCCCGCCAUCACCUGCGCGGGCACCGUCUGCAGCGUCAAGGUUCCUCCUAAUGCCUUCGUGGCCCCCCCGGGUUGGUACCAGUUCUUCAUCCUGGACGGCGGUGUCCCGGCCGUCGGUGUCUAUGUCCGCAUCGGUGGCGAUCCGGCCAAACUUGGAAACUGGCCGGCUUCUAGCCUCUUCUCUAAGCCUGGUAUCUAG